ACACACAACAUUGCCCACAAUUCAAACAACAUCACUGUAGCAUCCUCUCCUCGUAUACCAGCACAGCUUUUCCCCAGUACCAUCUGCUUGUGGAAUAUCCUGACUACAACAGUGGUUUUGAUUCCUUCAACUGAGUUUUUUAGAAGCCACCUGGAACCACUCACCCUCAGUUAGCUCUCCAAUCUGAGAAAGGAAGAUGGCAACUCUCACUAAUAAGUUGAUGGACAUGGUCGUUGACCAACUGGACGACAUAUCACCAGCCAAAGUGACCAUCGUUGGUGUUGGUCAAGUGGGCAUGGCUUGUGCAUACAGUAUAAUGACACAGAAUAUAGCUAGUGAGAUAGCGCUUGUUGAUGUGCUUGCUGAUAAGUUAAAAGGUGAAGUAUAUGACAUGCAGCACGGUCUAGCGUUCGUCAAGGGAUGCUGUGUAAAAGGAGAUACAGAUUACAAAGUAACGGCUGGAUCAAGACUAUGUAUCAUUACUGCUGGAGCUAGGCAGAGAGAUGGAGAAAGCAGACUUAAUCUUGUUCAAAGAAAUGUAAAAAUAUUUGAAGGUAUUGUUCCGAAUCUGGUUCGCUACAGUCCAAACACAGUACUUCUAGUAGUGUCCAAUCCUGUUGAUAUUCUUACAUACGUUGCAUGGAAACUGAGUGGUUUGCCUGCUAAUAGGGUCAUAGGUUCUGGGACAAACCUCGACACAGCUCGCUUCCGUUUCCUCCUCGGAGAAAAAUUGGGUAUUGCGCCCUCUAGUGUUCAUGGGUAUAUCAUCGGAGAGCACGGUGAUUCGAGUGUUGCCGUCUGGUCAGCUACCACAGUAGCUGGAGUAAGUCUUCAGAACCUACACCCUGAGAUAGGAACUCCUAAAGAUCCUGAGAAUAUGAACCAAGUUCAUAAAGAGGUCAUAGAUAGUGCAUAUAAGAUCAUCAAGCUUAAAGGCUAUACUUCAUGGGCUAUUGGAAUGAGCUGUGCCACAUUAGCUUCUGCUGUGUUAAGGAAUCAGAAAGGAGCCUAUCCUGUUUCUACUGUUGCUAAAGGAUUCCAUGGUAUUGAACAUCAAGUAUUCCUAAGUCUCCCAUGUAUUCUUGGUCAAGAUGGAAUCACUCAUGUUAUAAAGCAGACAUUGAAUACCAAAGAACAGGCUCAGCUUCAAUCCAGUGCUAAUACCUUGUGGGACAUCGCCAAAUCGUUGGAGCUACGAGAGCCAUCGAAGUAAGGGGCCUAGCUUCUUUAUGAAACAAGGUCAAUAUUAAUAAUUCAGAAAACACAAACCCCUAACAUAGCUUUCUAAGUCAAAGAGCUAAAAUAACUCAAGCAAAGUAACACCACUGCCCUUGCUUUCGUAAUAACUUGCUACUACUUUAUAGAAAUGCAAACUAAGUUCUUCGCAGCAUUUUUAAUCCUUAACAGGACAAGUUUAGUGAGAAAGUCAAAUCAUUUUCUUGUCAUUGUAUAAAUGUUUGCUUAUUAAGCAAAUAUCACUUUCAUGUAUGUUAGUUAGGUUUUGUUGGUCGUAUUUAUAAUCUUUUCUUCUGUUUUUACAAAUUGUUGUGUUAAUGGUCUGUUCAUAGGGUUGUGCAGCACAGAGAAGAAAUUGGUGUGCUAAAUGUAUUUCAGCAAUCUUUCUGGUGUGUUUUAUUUUUGUGAAAAAUAAUUUUUCUUUGAUACUUAGGCACCUAACCAAAAGUAAGAGCUCAUUCUUUCCCUUGUAAAUCUAGCAAGCAAUCUCUAAUUGACCAAACAGCGAUCUUAUUAUAUCAUUCAAGUGGGUCUAUAUUACUAGUCUACACUAGCACUAUGGGUCAGGAAACUGGCCAGGUAUGAGUAGUUGAGGACUCGAGAUUGCGCUAUUGGUUCGUGUCUACUUUAAUGAAACAUGUAGCUUGUGUAAGUGUAGAGGUUCACUUGUGCAUAUCCUAAAUUCCGGUUUACCUAUAGACACAAUCAUGGGUGGAAAUCUCUCCUUAAAGGUAGGGGGGGGGGACACAAUUGAGUUUUCCGUUUUUUGUUCUACAGAAUUUCUAACUCAAACACACACACACACACAUACAUAUAUAUAUAUUGUAACAAAAUGAAAGGUUUAUUUAAUUAUCAACAUUGUUUUGGAACGGCAAAGACUGUAGAAUAAGUUUUAAUCCAUACAUAUAGUUGUAUAGCAAAAUUCAGUAAUCGCUUGUAAUCGAUUAUGUAGUGAUUUUCUUUAAAAAUGUAAUUAGGCCUUUUUGCUGAGUAAUAACGAAGUUUACAACUGUAUAAUUGUGUUAGUUUUGUAUCUUUAAUAAUUUUACACUGUUUGAAUAUACAAAAGUAGUGACAAUCACAAUUUUCUUAGCUGAAAAGAUUUAUUAUAUGAUUUUAACUAUUUUUAAAUAGUGAUAACAUUUUACUGUCUGACAAGCUCCCUCUGCGAUCGUUGAGCCAGAUCGUUACAGGUUUACUUUAUGCUCGAUUACGAACCAGGCUACUUGGCCUACAAGUAGUAUUUCCUGCCCGAAUAUCUCUGCUGAAAUUCUGUUUAAAUCCUGCUGCGACAGGGUGAGCGAGCAUGUAUUCUAGUAAAGUUUGAAGAAAGAAA